CAGAAAGAGGGGUGGGGCUCGUUGCUACAGCUAGCUUGUCAUGUGAUAAAGGAUAAACAGAGAGUCAAUAUGGAGUUCCAGUUCAUCUCUGUUGCUCUGCUGCUGCUGUUGCAGCCUAGCAACCUCCUUGCUUUGGACAAUGGCCUUGCCCUCACUCCUCCAAUGGGCUGGCUUGCGUGGGAGCGAUACGCAUGCGAUAUUGACUGCACUAAUGACCCGGACAGCUGCAUCAAUGAGAAGUUGUUUAUGGACAUGGCUGACCACAUGGCCUCUCACGGCUUCAGGAAUCUCGGAUACGAGUUCAUCAAUAUUGACGACUGCUGGGCCACCAAGAUGAGAGAUGAUAAAGGGAUGCUCCAGGCUGACCCCGUCAGGUUCCCCAACGGGAUCAAGGCAUUAGCAGACUAUGUACAUUCAAAGGGGCUUAAGCUGGGAAUAUACGGAGAUCUUGGUUCCCACACUUGUGGGGGGUAUCCUGGCUCGCUGGGUUACGUUGAAAAAGAUGCCAAAACGUUUGCGGACUGGGGUGUUGACAUGCUCAAGCUGGACGGUUGCUAUGCAUCAGAGGCAGACUAUGAGACGGGUUACCCUGAAAUGUCCAAGGCACUGAAUGCUACAGGGAGGCCCAUCGUGUUCUCAUGCAGCUGGCCUGCUUACAUCAAAACUCCUAAUUACACAAGAAUUGCUGAGGUGUGCAACUUGUGGCGUAACUAUGACGACAUCAACGACAGCUGGGAUAGUGUGUUGGGGAUCAUCACUCACUAUGCUCAGAACCAAGACCAGUUUCAACCCUUUGCUGCCCCAGGACAGUGGAACGAUCCUGAUAUGCUUAUCAUUGGUGACUUUGGACUCAGUUUGGAGCAACAAAAGGCUCAAAUGGCCAUGUGGGCAAUAUUUGCAGCACCUCUGUUCAUGUCAAACGAUCUCAGAAAACUGCCAAAGGAAUCUAAAGACAUCCUCCAAAACAAAGAGGUGAUUGCCAUUAACCAGGACAAGAUGGGUAAGCAAGGUCGACUGAUUGCCUCCUCCAUCACCAAACACUCGGGUCAACGCAAGAGUCCAGAGGUCACUAACAUGGUGUUUGCCCGUCCCCUAGAUGGUGGGGACCUGGCAGUAGCCAUGCUCAACACCGGCCACUUCUCUGGGCCUCAUAACAUCACUGUCUCUUUUAAAGACGCUGGUGUGAGUUGGUCCAAGGCUAGCGUGCGAGAUGUCAUGAAUGGCAUGGAUCUAGGGAUGUUUACUGACAGCUUCUCUGCUCCUGUCAACCCAACUGGAGUCAGACUAGUCAGGCUAACUCCAGCAAAGUAACAUGAGCAACGUUUACCCCUCUCGUUACUGUUGUAGCUACUUUUGAUAGUUUUGUACUCCCCUUCGAUUUCAAUAUACAAUUUUUAGCUAUAUACUAUUGACUUUAUAACUUGCAUGAGUCAAGACUGGGCUAUUAUAGCUCUUUGACAAUUUUCAGGUUGUUAUUGACCUGUGUAUAAUUAUGUUAUUGGCUAAAAUUUAA